CAUAGUCCCCCUCGCUGCUGUGUAUUAUCCAACCUCUCAGCUGCCGCAAAUUCAAAGCAUAUUCUUCCAUCAUGAGCGAUUCACGUCGUUCUAGGCGGCCCGACAGCCGGCAAAUGUGGGACGACUCAGACCGUCGCGACAGGAACCCUCCUCGAGAUCGCGAGCGCGAGCGCGGCUGGGACAAUCGAGACCAAGGGAGAGACCGUGAUCGUGACCGAGGACGAGAUCGCAGAGGCUACAGAUCACGGUCGCGGGACCGACGCGAUAACCAGAAGGACCGCUCAAUGUCACCGGAUAAACACCGACGAGACCGUGGGGGGGACAGAAAUCGGGGUGGCCGAGACCGUCGCCAAGGACGAGAUGGAGAUAGGCGGGAUAGCCCUCGUCGGCAGGACGACUGGGAUGACCGCGAUGACUAUGACAGAGACAGACGAUCAAAACAUCGCGACGACCGUCGCCGCUCACCAUCCCCUUCCCACUCCGCCCUGCCCACCCGUCCUCAUCCCGAAAACGGCUCCCGCAAACCCCAGCCCAACAUCACAAUCAAGGCCGACAAGCGCAGUCCCUCACCUCCUCGCCGCGACCGAGACCGCGAUCGAGAUCGAGACCGCGGCGGCAGACGAGGCGCAUCUCCCUCGCCUGUCAGAAUGGAGCAGGACGAGUACGACGAUGACAUCGAGGUCGAAGGUCAGGAUGACGACGACAUGGCCGCCAUGCAAUCCAUGAUGGGCUUCGGCGGCUUCGGAACCACAAAGGGGAAGAAGGUGGUGGGCAACAACGCCGGCGGCGUCCGCAAGGAGAAGAAGUCCGAGUAUCGGCAGUACAUGAAUCGACAGGGAGGAUUCAACAGACCGCUGAGUCCAUCGCGAUGAGAGUCAUCUUCUUCUCCUAUGAAAGACCUUUGGAAGAUGAAGCAUACCGGGAAGUUUUGUUUUACUUUUUUUCCUUUACCCUUUCUUAUAUAACGAUAUCCAUGAUGGCAUAGCACCUGGGGUUUUACUUUCUGGUUUUCAAUCUCGGUUUGUUUGCCUUAUUACAGAAUGUUGUAUCAAAAAAUGAAUAAAACAGUAUGAUAC